CAAGUAAAAAAUGAAUAUAAAAGAAUCGCAAAAGAAGCCUUCAACUAUCGUAAUGAAUUAUUUCCUAAAAUAAAACCUCAAAAGAAGAGAGACCAAUGGAAAACUGUUUCAUUUGAUAAACCUUCUGUUCGCAAAGCCAGAAUUCCUAAACCUAUGAAAUCUGUCAAUAAAUCCAAAAAACAUAAACAACUUGAAUCACCCGUAUCUGAACUCCAAGCUACUUCUAAUAACAAUUUAUUAUCUUCCAUACUUGAUGAUUUAAAUGAUAUUGAUAUGAAUUCACCAAUUUUUGACCAUGAUUUAUUUAUUGAUUGGGCAAACUUCUUUAGUAAUCAAAAUACUUAUCCGAGUCCUGACUUAUCAAUAACAUCUAGUAGCGAUAGUUCUCCGAGUCCAAAUAAUUUUGAGUUUCCAAUUCAAGCGGAUCAACAAGUCAAUGAUGAUAUCAUAAAUAACCUUUUAUUCAUUGAUGAAAACCAGUCUCCUAUAUAUGAUAGUCAAUACGGACUCGGAAUUUUCGAUUCCUCUAACAUUAACGUUAAUGAAAUUUCCGAAAUAAAUUCACAUAAUUUACAUGAAAUCUUUGACGUUCAGAACAAUUUCAUUUUAGAUAAUUUG